CUACCUCCACGCCCUCACUAUAAAUAUCUUUUUGUGGAUAUAUAUUUAUAUGCCAUCGUUUUAGGGUUCUUUAAAAAUUAUAUAAAAAAAAACAGAUAAAGUCUCAAUUUUUGAAUGAAAAACACAAACUUUAUCAACACCCAGAUGACAAAAUAAAGAGAAAAACAAGGAAGUCCCUUUAAAGUUUUACUUUUGACAACCUUAAAAGAGCAAUCUGAAGUUCUGAACAUGAAAUUCUGUCAAGUGGGGUUUUAAGGCCUGUGUGGUUUCGUUUCGUUUCGUUUUUUCUUAAAAGGGUUUGUGCCUUAUAGUUAUUUUUUGAGUUUGAGAGUAUGGCAUCAUCACAUGGUACACCCACUGAGGCUGCAAAAAUGGAACAAAUUAUCACUGAGUUUUUUCCUAAAAGUCUUCAAAUUAUACUUGAGUCUAGGUCUCCUUUCAUGUCAUCACGUAAUUUUAGUGGUGAACAAAUGGUAUCCUCGUCUCCGUCCUCGUCUUUAUCAUCCUCCUCGAGUGUGAUGCCGAGAGAUAAAUGGUUCAAUUUAGCCCUUAGGGAAUGCCCUGCUGCGCUUGAUCUUUGGCGCCAAAGCUACUUAGAACCGAUGAUUGUUGAUGUGAUUUUGGUGCAGAGGCCACCAGGUCGGUGGGAUCCUGUGAAUUAUUCCCCCAAAAGGGAGAUUGUUAGGAAUUUUUUGUCGAAGGAUCAGAGUCCAUUUUAUUGGAAUUCUGAUCAGGAAGAAUUGGGGUGUGAGGGUAAGAAUGAAAAGAUUUUAGAGAGGUGGGUGGUGCAGUAUGAGGGUCGGAAGUCAAGGGAUACUGGUUCUGGGAGUAGGAGACUUAGCAAUACCUUGCAAAUAUGUUAUAAGAAAUCGAUACUACUUCUGAGGUCCUUGUAUGCAACUGUUAGACUUUUACCUGCUUAUAAGAUUUUCCGUGAUCUCAAUUCAUCUGGGCAAAUUCCUUCAUAUACACUUACACAUAGGAUUUCUUCCUUUGUUGAGCCCUUCACACGCAAAGAAGAUUCUGAAAUGCAGCGAUUUGUAUUCACCCCUGUGGAUACUUCCUGUGGCAGGCUUUGCCUUUCAGUGCUGUAUCGCUCAUCAUUAUCAGAUGUCAGCUCUGAGUCAUCAACUCCUAUGUCCUCCUCCCAAUUUAUCCCUGAUUAUGUUGGUAGCCCAUUGGCAGAACCACUGAAGAGAUUCCCCUCUCUUCCUGUGUCACAUGGUUCUCCAUCAUCUUUGCCCUUCUCAAGACGGCAUAGUUGGAGUUAUGACCUUAAUAAAGCCUCGCCACCUUCAUUUUGUUUCUCACCAUCACCUACUCAUUUAGAAAAACAUGGAUCAAUUUCUAAUCCAAGUUCCUGCCGAUUCCAACCUAUGAGCUUGCCUCCUCAUCCACCUGAAGUGCCAUCAGCCCAUAAGAAGAAUACGAGCUUUGAUGAAUAUUAUCCUUCUCCAAACUAUACACCAUCUCCAUCCCCAUCACCACCAAUCUAUAUUCCUGGGAGUCAUCUUUCCAAGGCUCUUUUACGAUCUGAAAGUGCACCUGUUAGCAUACCUGCUGUCAAGCAUGCUAGUUCUCCCCUGUUGUCCAACAAGCAAAACUUGCCCCAAUCACCACCACUCAAAGCUACCAGAUCUGGUAAUCCGAAGACUGAUAGAAGUUCAGGUUUGGUUCACGCUGGUGCAACCGUUGAGAAGUUUUUCUCUCUCGGGAAAGAAGACAUUAGAAAAUAUUCCAGCGUGAAAACAUCGUCCAACAGCUCUCCACAGAUUUCAUUGUCCAGAACUUCCAGUAGGUCAUAUCAGGAUGAUUUUGAUGAUUCUGAGUUUCCUUGCGCUUACUUUGAUGUGGAGUAUGAUGACGUGAUGGAUCCAGGUCGAAGGCCCGAGUCCUUUGAUAAAAAAGGCCAUCAAUCUGACCCGCUUGAGCCUGGAGGUCUCUUUCCAGUUAAAAAAUCCCAAGAUGCAGCUGUUGGUGCUCUUGUACGCAUGCUGAAGAAAGCCCCACCUUUAUGCCAGGAUUUCUCUGGUUCAGUUGAUUUGCCACCAGACUCCAGGUCCAAAACUUGGAGCAGCAACCUCCAAGAAUGCAAUCCAAUCUCUGGUGCACCAGUAGGUCCGCAGGCUGCUGCUUCAGGUGUUGCGUCUUCUGGACCUGUUGCAUCAAAGACAACAGCUGAUGCAUUUGAAGAACUCCAGGGCUACAGAGAGAUGAAGAAAGACUUGUUGCUUAGCCAAGCUGGCAGGUCCAACACUUCAGCUAAUUGUGCUCCAAUGUCAAAACCUACAAGCAGCAGUGCAACUGGACAUUGAGCUCAUUUUUAUAAUUGCACAUCUGUACAGAAUCCUGGUUUAAGAGGUGAUUUCAUGGUUUAUAGGUUAAUGCUUUCUUAGCGCCCAUCUUCUUGUGCAUAAACGAGGCGAUAUGAGAUGAUGAUGAUAACUGAAGUUAAUGUAAUAAUACAGAAUCUGUCUUUUACCUCUUUUUUAUUUUUGCACGCUUUUAAUUCUGUAUAUAAAUGCAAUGUCAGCACUUGGGAUGCUGUUCUUGUACAUGUGUAAAAAUAUUGAGCGUGCCUGGCUUCUAUGCCAUGCUGCAGUGAUGUAUUUUUCUAUAUUUUUGCGCUUUA